AAAAUCUCUGGAUUUUCGUUGGAUUUGUACUCAUGGCAACCUCCUACCUCCUUAUCGGACCAGCACCCUUCAUACAAGUGGAACCGAGCUUCGCUCUCGUAUGCACGUCACAAGCUCUGAGAGGAGUUGGCGCUGGCUUCAUCAUCAUCUGCGCCUACAGCAAUGCCAUGCGCGUCGCUAUCGAGGACGUCGGGCACCCUGAUGACGUGAGAACGAGGAGCUUCAUCUCCAGCACCUUUUCAUUCUUUGCCAGCGUAACAACUAUUCCCCUAGCACCGCUUUCUGGUUUUCUGGUGUCAACAUUUGGCUACAGGGCCGCCUCCAUGUGGAUGUUCGGUCUCCUCUCUGUAUGGGCUUUCCUAACUGGAUCCGUCUGGCUUGUCCAUGGAUGGCGGAAAGACGGGAAGGCGAUUCCACCAUCGGCUGUUGACAGGCAGCCAUAUAACCAAGUGCACGGACGUUGUACCUAUCCAAUCAUCGACUCGUCUCAACCGCUAAUUUAAGAACGUGAAAGGAUCAUAUCCGGAUUUAAAGAUACGCACAAUGUACCCUGUGUGAGGUUAAAGCAUACUUUAAGAAUCAAUAAAAACUAUAUGCCAGUCGAGAAAUCACGAACUGUUAAGGCUAAUUAGAAGCUACAGUAAGUAUAUCUCUGGGUUUAUCUUUAGCACACUUGAAAAGCGAUGAAUGCCAGACUACACGAAAAUAUAAGGCAAGCAACACAGGGAUACGUUCAGUUGCAUAACAUGUGCUGCAAUAUCCAUAUGUGUAUAAGAGCUCUAGCAAAUAUAUCACGCAUCUAAGACGAUUGUAAAUAUCAGAGGGGAACGUUUAGAGAGCAUUUACUUGCCUGUGCGUU